GCCAACGGAGGUCUCCUAGAGAGUCAUGAGUGCCAGCGGCGACCGCCCGGUCCCUUUGCCUCGGGCAGCAGCCAAGGUUGGAAAGCCUAUACCCAAGCACCCUGCAGGCAGCCACCUGUCUCGAGGUUCAGCAUGUCAAGAUAAUUCACUGCUUAGAGAGGAUUCACAGAACAAUGAACUGCGCAUUCCUUUUAUGAACAGGAAUGACCAAAAGAAACUACAGGAGGAAAAUAGAAGACUAAAAUAUGAAUUAGAAGAUUUAAGAAGCCAAUAUGAACAGCUUAUAGACGAAGGGAAGAAUGAAUGUUUUGAUGAAAGACGUGUCAGUCUUCUAAAGGCUCAAGUAUUACAGUUGGAAAGGCAGGUGGUACUGCUUACAGAAGGAUUAAGUUCUCGAGCUGCUCUUAUGUUGGACUUAAACACUUCUUUAGAAACUCUUACUGACAAGCUUAGCUCUUUCCUUAGCAUCGAACGAACUACAUCUGAUGUAACCAUUCCACAUCCCGAACUUCUUCAGAUCGUUGAGAUAGGCCAGGCAAUGAGACUCAAACUUCAAAGCAACCAGCAAGUUUCUGAUCUAUCAAAACUUGCAUUGCCGUGGACUUUGGGAGGGAACUUUGCUAAACAGCCAUUGACCCUUUUGGAUGUUUGCUAUGGCAAAAUAGAAAAUAUAAAUCUUAGAUAUGUGAGCGCUCUGGAAGGAAAACUUAGCAAGCUGUGGAGACACCUGCUUGCCAUGAGGCAAAAUCUGAGUUUCAUGCUUGCCCCAGGACAGACGUCCUCUGAGGCAGCUCAUCACAUCCUACCAACUGCUGUUUAUGCUCGGCUGAUAAAUCAUGUAGCUCAGUGUCAUCGGUCUGUGGAGGAAUGUUGCAGUGAUUUGCUCACUUUGACGCUUCUGGUACCUUCAGCACCUUGGGAAAUCCUGGAGAGUUCCUUGAGCCAGGAGUUUACUGUGGAGAAUGUGCUUGCAACGCUUCCAGCCUUCCCCAAAGGUGCCCCUCAGCAACGUGCUAAAAGAGCAGUAGAAGCCCUGGUAAAGGCUCAAAAUUAUUCCAGGCAAAUGGCAAUGCAACAGAUACUUGCUUUGCAAGCUGAACUUAAUUUUCACAGAAAUUUCUAUAAUCUCCAAGUUAAGUACACUGAAGCUAUCUUCGACGGGAUAAAGCAAGCAUAUCACACGUUUCAAGAUAAUGUUGCCAUGGUUCUUUGUUCACCAUUACAAGAUGUUUUUUCUUCUUACACAAAACUUAAAACAGAAGCUUCAGAGGCUGCUUUGAGAGACUUUCUCACUGCUUUUAGAAACAAUGUGGAACAGCUGCAAUAUGCAGUUGAAACUUUGGCUCCACCAAUGAAUCAGCAGCGUGAAGGUGAUGAGGCCCUGUCAAGGUUCGGGAAAGAGUUCUUCCUGUCUUUGGAACGUUCACUCAAAGCCUGUGGGGAGCAACGGGAUAAAGCAGCCAGUGAAAUGGAAACCUUACAAACAGAAUUGGAUCAGGCCUUAGAAACUCUUCGACAUUUAAGGGAACAGAAGAUGAAGAAAGCAGAAGCCAGCCAGCAUUUCCCAAAGCCUGAAGAAGGCAGGACGGAAAGGACAGAAGCAAGUGUCGUGAAUGUACUUUCCUCCAAAAGGUCUGAACCUAAUUCCACAUCCACAAUUCUUCCGCAGAGACAUAGCUUCUUGCUAAAGCAUGCUUCCAUUGUAAAGGAAGAGUCUAUCAAUCCUUCCUCCAAGCAGAAACUGGAAAGGCCUGAUGGUUUCCCUGUUCAGCAGAAGGGGAAGCUUCUUCGCAGAAGCAAGAGUAUGAAGGCCUCUGAAAGGCCAGCUUGGCAGGAUUAGACAUCGCUCUUUCAUGCUUGGCAGUCUUAGCUUUAUUUCGGUUCUUAGUGAAUGCAGUGGAACAAUUUAGUGGAUGCUUUGAGCAUGUGGUACAUCAAUGAGAGAUAAAGGUAUUUUGCUCAUUUUUCAAGAACAUGCAGCAAUGCCUUUGAAAAGGAACAAAAGAAAAAGCCAUUGGAAUACUCUAUGUUGAUCAUUGGGGAUAGAUACAUUUACCAGUUUGUUGGGUGCUUCUUUCCUAUAAGUGCUGAGCCAAGAUCACAGGAGGCAACCAUGCAGGUGUACCUCAAACAGAUACAUUGACAGGAACUUUGAACCUGUUCCAUUGCUAUUCUACAGAAAGAGUGUUCUUUUCCUAGACACACGCUUUUCCUUGAAAACAGUUGCUGCAAUGGGUUUGUCAUUCGUAGCAUAUCCCAAGCCUCGUAUGGUUCUCCAUUAUCCAAGAAAUAUCAUUCCCCUUGGUUUCCUACCCCUGCUGAAAGCAAUACUCUAGGCUAUAAUGCUUACGAGAUUAAUAAAGCUGCCCAGAAUGACAGAGGGGAGACAAAGAAGAGCAUUCAACAUGUUUACCAGUUGUAAGGGCUUUUGAAUAUCAUUUUUUAAAUGUUGAAAAAAAAGUUUUAAGAUUGAUAACAGUAAAAUAUGAGUGUGUAGUAUUUUCUUACUGUUUUUAAACUAUCAUACUUUUUCAAGAUCAACUCUACUGAAAUGCUGAAGAUUAAAUGUUUGUGUGCUGUAGUUAAUAAAUGACAG